AUGGCUACCCCUAAAGACCCAGAUAUGGGAUUUGCCCAGGUUUUAAUCACCUGUAAUCACUGUUCCAAGAAAAAAGCAGAACUUUUCUGUAAUAACUGUAAUGUUAACCUGUGUAAAGUGUGUGUUGGUCAGCACAUAUUGUCACUUCCUUCUCAGAGACAUGACGUGAUUAGGUAUUCUCUCAAAUAUAACGAAACGCCACAGCCAUUAUGUCGUUUCCACCCUGACCAGAAAUGUGACCUCUUUUGUCAGCAGUGCGAUAUUCCUGUCUGUACCGAUUGCAUUGCCGCAAAGAAACAUGUUCAUCAUGAAAUGAGAAAGACAACAAGUGUUUAUAAAGAAAAGAAAGACAUCAUAUCCAGAGAAACACAUUUUCUUGAAGAGAAAAUUUGUCCACGAUACAAAAGGAUUAUUGAAGAAAUAGAGGAGUCUAUUUUGGAUUUUCCAAAGAGCAAUGCGAAUUUGAAAUUGGAUAUAUCUAAGCAUAGUCAAGAAUUACACAGAAUAGUAGACAGGGUCAUUAAUAAACUUCUUUCCGACGUUGAUAUCAUGGAAAACCAGGAUUUAAAAAAGAUGAAGAAGAAUCUUUCCGAGUUCCAGAAUUUUUUGUCAGCUGUACAAGAAAUUAUUAAAAGGAACAAGGAGCUACUACAGAGCAAACAAAGUGAUAUAAUCAAUUUCCAAAUUCAUAACAGGAAGCUACUGAACCAACCUGUAACUAUAGCUGCUACAGACACAAUGUGCCUUCUAGUCUAUGAAGUAAGCUGUGUAGGAGUGAAUCAGGCCUGGAUACAUGGAAAUACAGGUAUCAUAACACAGGUCGAUGAAAAUGGAUCAAUCUUAAAGAGGGUGAAAACUAAGUCUGGAAACUUUCCUUCGGGCAUGGCAGUGUCCAGAGACGGAGAUCUCCUUUACACUGAAUUUGAUUUAUGCACUAUUAAUCUGGCAAAGGAUUGCAAAGUGGACGUGCUUAUCUUGACAGACUGGUAUCCAAGUGGCAUUUGUUUAACAUCAUCAGGAGACAUAUUGGUAGCUUUAUGCAAUGAGAGUUAUAAUUCUAACACUAUCUUAAAAAUGCUUAAAUUAGUUCGAUACUCUGGCACCUUAAUAAAACAGGAAAUCCAAUAUGACGAAAAUAUGCAGCAACUGUUUCAAAGUGGGAGAGAAUCUUCCUUAGAAAUUGCUGACAAUAUAAAUGGUGAUAUCUGUGUUCGUGAUUUUAAUGCAGAAUCGAUUCUUAUCCUAACUAAACAGGGAGAACUGAAAUCAAGAUAUGACGGUUGCAACGUUUUACAAAACCCCUUUGAUCCAAACAAUAUUACAACAGACAGUCAAGGUCAAGUUUUGGUGUCUGAUUCUAGAAAUGACUGUGUGUAUAUCUUGGACUGA